AUGUGGAAAAAGAAGGAGAUCUCCGUCAGCUCAUCCUCUGUGGUAGACCUAAAAGCCGAGCUCUUCCGCGCCCAAGAAGAAUUCCAAAAGGAGAAACUCCGGACGGGAAGCAGUACACUAAGAGCCGUCUCCACCAAACCCAUAAAGGUACCCUCCUCUCACAUUACGAAACCGCCCACAAACAAAGGCGUCGCCCAACGCGCCAAAAAAGACGUAAUCGACAACGAUGCGGAGAGGAUAGAACCAAGCCUGGAAGCGAGCUGGGUUGCGUUGAAGCGGAAGGCGGAGGUUUAUGAGCGGUUGGCGAGGGAGGGCGGUGGCGGAGAUGUCGAUGGUGAUGAUGAGAAGGAGGAGACGCUGGUCGAUUUUUUGAUGAAGAAUGCGGAGGGGGAGAAGGGGAAGGGUGUUGGCGAUGCGUUUGAUAGUGAAGACCCGUGGGUAGAAGCCGUCGACGAGUUUGGACGGACACGGAUCGUACGAAGGAGUCAGGUUGAAGGGCAGGGGUUACGCAGAUUCACAAAAGUCGACACAGACCCAACAUCCGCCACCGACACCUCCUCCCAUACACCAACCCUUAUGUCCUCAGACAUGCGUCAAGAGGCCGCACGACAAGAAUGGGAACAAUCCGCUCUCGCCUCCCUCCAAUCCCCUUCGUCGCCCGCCCAAACACCACAUUUCGACUCCGCACGUGAGAUCCGCACGCUCGGGACCGGGUUUUACCAGUUUUCGCAGUCGGCAGCCGAGCGGCAGAAGCAGAUGGAUGACUUGAAGAAGAUUCGGGAGGAGACUGUUGUUGGGAGGGAGAGUGUUGCGGGGGGGAGGGAGAGGAGGAGGGGGAGGGUUGAGGAGAGGAGGGAGGCUCUGAGGGAGAGGAAGAGGAGGAGGGUUGAGCAGGGUGGGGAUAAGAGAGAGGGACAGGGGGAAAAAGAGCAGCAAGAUAAAGAAGGUGGGGAUGAGGAGGGGAAUAAGGAAGGGGAUGUGAACCUUGCUGUGGAUGAUUUCUUGGCUGGGAUUGUUGGGAACGUGUGA